GCGUAUGUGCGCGCACCCUUCUAUCGCGUGGUGCUGAUCAUCCAUAUUGCUGUUAGUGGUGAAGUUUAGCUUGCAAUUUAAAAGAGGCUCCCGGGCGCUUUUUAAAUGUUUUAAUUCAACACAAACCACUCUGCAUCUUAGACUGAAUGCUAUUUAGUCUAGGGGUGGAGUGGAGAAACGAGUUCAUUCGAGGAAUACUUCACAUUUUCUUUGUUGAGUAGUAGGCGAAUUUGUUGGUAUCGUGAGGAAAAGGAGAAAUGGCUACUCAGGUAGAGGCUCUCCUACCCAACAAUCCUCGUAUUAAACCAGAGGAGAAAGGGCAUGCGAGCAAGAUGAUACAGCAUGGAGAGGACUGUCCUGAAAAGGGGGUGAAGCAGACAUGUGUUGCCGACGAGGGUAGCAAUAUGAAAACAAACAACUCAGAACAGUGUUGGAUUGCCACGAGGGAGCUACGCUCUAAACAGGCAAAAGAAGAGAGUAACAAUCAAGAGAAAAACACCCUGGAUCAAGAGAUGCACACGACUGAUCAAACGGAAGACUGUGUGAAAUACAGUAAAAAUGAGUUUGCUGAAGCACCCCCGCCCAAGGUUAACCCAUGGACCAAGAAAAAGAAUGCGGUGACCGUGGUCAGCCAGAAUGGACAAUCACAUCAUGAGCCGCCACCAACAACAGGCCCGGCCAAGGUGGUGAAGGCCCCAAACCCCCGGCCUCGGAGAGAAAGGGUUGGAGAUUUUGGUGAUGCUAUGAAGUGGCCAACCCCCGGGGAGAUUGCAACUAAAGAAACGCAGAUUGAGGUUGUGAAUCGGACUGUGUCAUGCCCCAUGCCCGUCAGGCAGGUCAGAGAAGUGGGCUCCACACGGAGAUCCCCAGUCCCCAAGAAGCCUGUGGUGAAGAAAGAGUUGAAGGAGAAGCGUGACACCAACGAGGAGGGCAAGGAGAACCAGAAUGCGAAGUCAGACGAUUCUGGAGAGGAGAAGAACGGCGACGAGGACUCUCAGAAGAACAGCGACGAGGACUCUCAGAAGAACGGACAGAAGAAGAAAGGAAACAAGCAUAGGUGGGUGCCGCUGAUGAUGGAGGUGAAGUCUGAGGGGCCCAGAGAACGCUCGGCCUCAAGGAACAACACCCGUCAGAACGAGGUGCCCAGGAUGCCCCCCAACAGGAAGAACGACCUCCGAGACUGGUACAGAGAGAAGUCCGAGCGUGAAUGGAGUGACGACCAUGAUGAGGUGUCCAGCAUGAGGAGCGAGGGUGCUCCCUUCCGUGCCGGGUUCCGGGGUCGUGGCAGGGGCCGGGGACGAGGCAGAGGCUCCAGAGGUCACCCUGACUACCAUUAUGACUACAAGGCCUACAACGGGAAGGACGGUGCCUACGGACAGAAGUUUGGUGCUCCAGUGACCUAUUACUACGACAACAUGAGCAGCAGUGACCUGUACACAGUGGACCAGGGCCUGCUCAAGGACUAUGUCAAAAGGCAGAUUGAGUACUACUUCAGCCUUGGCAACCUGGAGCGGGAUUUCUUCCUGCGCAAGAAGAUGGACCAGGAGGGCUUCCUGUCACUUGGCCUGAUUGCCAGCUUCCACAGGGUGCAGGCCCUCACCACUGAUGUCAGCCUCAUUAUAGAGUCUUUGAAGGACAGCAAAGAGGUGGAAAUCAUUGACAUGAAGAUCCGUCGGAAGGUGGAGCCGGAGAAGUGGCCACUUCCUGGCCAGUCCAUGGGACCGGACCACAACCAGGUGGACCUGACCCAGCUCAUCCACUGCCCCGAGUUCGUGCCCCGGCAGAUGCCCACUAAGCAGACAGAGUCUGCUCCAGGGUCUCCCCGGUCCUCCACGCCCACCAGGGGAAUGACCAGGGCCUCCAUGCAGCCCAAGAUGGAGCAGGACGUGUCCAACCUGAAGAGCAUGCCCAAGGGACUGUCGGCCAGCCUGCCCGACCUGGACUCUGAGUCCUGGAUCGAGGUGAAGAAGAGACCCAAGCCCUCCCCGGCCAGAACCAAGACCCCUUCGUUGCAGCAGAAGGAAGACGCUCUCUCCCCGGUGCCCAAGGCAGGCCUCAGCCUCAUCCCCUCCACCGCCUCAGCCAAGGAUGAGCCCGAGGAGCUGGACUUCAUGUUUGAUGAGGAGAUGGAGCAGAUGGAUGGCCGCAGGAAUACAUUUACCGACUGGUCCGAUGAGGACUCGGACUGCGAGAUCGCCGACAAUGACGUCAACAAGAUCCUCAUUGUGACACAGACGCCGCCCUACCUGCGCAAGCACCCAGGGGGUGACCGCACGGGCCACCACACGUCGCGCUCCAAGCUGACCAAUGAGCUGGUGAAGGUGAUCAACGACGGCCUGUACUACUACGAAGCAGAUCUGUGGGAUGACAACUACGAACCCGAGUACGCCACCAUCAAGCAAGAGGUGGAGAACUUCAAAAAGGUUCACCUGAUCAGCCGAGAGGAGUUUGACUGCCUGACCCCAGAACCCCCCGUCGACCCCAACCAGGAGGUGCCCCCUGGACCCCCAAAGCCCCAGCAGAUUCCCGUAGACGCCUUGGCGAACAAACUGUUCGGUGCCCCUGAGCCUUCCACAAUAGCACGCUCCCUCCCGACUACUGUACCUGACUCGCCCAACUACCGCAGUGCCCGGACACCCCGCACGCCUCGCACCCCGCACCGGAAGGACCCCGCCAUGACGCCCCGUUUCUACCCUGUUGUGAAGGAGAGCCGGCCCGUCGACGCCAAGACCCCAAGGAAAAGGAAGACCAGGCACAGCUCUAACCCCCCCAUGGAGUGCCACGUUGGCUGGGUGAUGGACUCGCGGGAGCACCGAUCUCGCACUGCCUCCGUCAGCUCCAACGCCAGCCCCUCAGAGGGUACACCUGUAUUGGGGGGAAUUGGCUGCACCCCCCAGUCGCUCCCCAACUUCCAGCACCCCUCCCACGAGCUGCUCAAGGAGAACGGCUUCACGCAACACGUUUAUCACAAGUACCGUCGACGCUGCCUAAACGAACGCAAGCGGUUGGGCAUCGGCCAAUCCCAGGAGAUGAACACGCUGUUCCGUUUCUGGUCGUUCUUCCUGAGGGAUCACUUCAACAGGAAGAUGUAUGAGGAGUUCAAGCAGCUGGUGGUGGAGGAUGGCAAGGAGGGAUACAGGUACGGUUUGGAGUGCCUGUUCAGGUACUACAGCUACGGACUGGAAAGGAAAUUCAGGCCAAACAUUUUCAAGGACUUCCAGGAGGAGACCAUGAAAGAUUACGAAGCUGGCCAGCUGUAUGGACUUGAGAAGUUUUGGGCAUUUCUUAAAUACUCCAAAAACAAGAACAUGGGGAUCGACCCCAAGUUGCAGGAGUGCUUGAGCAAGUUUAAGCGUCUCGAGGAUUUCAGAAUCGAUCCCCCGAUGGAGGAGGGAGGUCGCAAGAGACACUCAUCCAGCGGAGACUGUCGCCGCCGCCACCCCUCCCAGGGCUCCAGCCGCCCCCACAGCCAAACUGGCUUCGGCCCCGUUCGCCCAGGGCCCCACCAGGGAGGAUGCCAAAAUCAGCAGCCAGAGCCAGCGCCCGCAGCCCAUACCUCGGCAACCGCAUCAGACGCCCAGCCACCAAAGUAACCCCAGACAACCCUCAGCCACUUGGAUCAACUCAACGUCAUUGAAUAUUUUCUGCGCCGCAAGAAUGCGAGAAUGACUUUCUGACGAACAGCUUGUGAUUGAAUAAAUCAAGGCUCUUCCAUUUUGAUUUAUUUAGUUUGAAACACCCAGCGUUUUGACUUAUUAGAGACGAAACUGAAUGACUAUUGAAGGAGUGGAUGAAGUAUUUUAAUUUGCAAUCCUUGGCAUAUUUUCUCCCCGUGGUUACAAUGUUUGACAUGGUUUCUGAGGACGUUUGAUGGCAACUGCGAACCUCGUGAUUCCUUUCUGUUGAUGGACCCUCUUUCCACUUGACACCAUCUAGUUGGUGGACUAGAAAUUGAUGCGUUGAAAAAUACAUAUUUAACCUGUUUUGCGCGAGAAAGAAAUAGAGGGAGAAAAAAUAGAUGUCAAAACACCAAACCAAAUGAUGAAAAAAAUGACUUGUACCAGUCCCUCGGUAUGAACAAGAUCAUUGAAAGUUGCCUUAUUUUUAUGUUUUUCCUGCUUUACUUGUGCCCGCCACCGUAAUGUCGAUUGUACAGCAUUGACAAUUGCAAAUAUGCAACAUUGGUCACCACCUACAGUAGUGGCCACUCAGUGACUCCCUGCCUGCCAAACAGUGUUGAACGCAACCUGCUGAAUGUGUCAUCAAGCCCCACCCCUCAGUGUGUUUGCAAUUUGUGGUUCUUUGUGCUGAAACGCUUUGCUGGGGGGGGGGAUCACCAAUCCGGAUUACUUGAGAGAGAAACAGAAGAAGAAAAAGCGGAAAGGUUUAUCAGUAGAUCUGGUGUGCUGCGGUGGUUGCUUUGGGGAUAUGUGCUGCGGGUUAUGUUCUGCUUCCCAGGGCUAAACAAGGCAGGGUUUCAGUCUGCAGCUUAGCAUGGCCUAUAACAUUGCAUCUCACCAGCGCUUCCACACACACACACACACCCCUCGUAUGUUUUUUUUCCAGAGGCUCUACUCUGUUCAUCUGGAGGAGUACAACCAAUGGACAGACGGUCUCCCUUCUGACCCCUGAACCCAACCCACCUGUUCUAUUCCCAUGAACAUCUGACUACAUACAGUCAGAUAAACUAUAAUAAUCUGGUGUGGAUAACAUCAUCUUCAUCCGACAGAGGACUGAUGAUAUCAAAUAGAUGAGUGAUUCAUUUUUUCUUCACCAAUGUGAAUUGGACAGAAGAUAACUUUCACCUCCAGGCGACUUGUUUUAUUGUUUAUAGAACAGUUUAUAUAUUCGACUUGCAUGUGUACAUACUUUUUCUUCUUUUAAAUGGUCUGAAAUGUCCAAAUUUUUAAAUUUGCAGUGUUUCUAGCUAUGCUAUGGGUAUAUGGUCCUCUUUAGUUCAAUAUCAAUUGGCAUAAAUAACAGAACUGUUCCUUCUGCUGGAGGAUGAGAAGGGAUUCAAAUUCACAGGUGGUUCCGCUGUGUCAACAUUUAAAACAAACAUGACAUUGGCCAUUCUAUUUUCAUUAACUGUCAUUGUUGAAAAAGUUGAGUUUUUACAAGAAUUAACUUUCUUUUUAGCUUUUUUCCCCCCUGUCUUGUGGGUUUAACUCAAGGGAACUGUGAGUCAAUUGAGUGUGCUUGUAUGAUUGAUUGAAUCACUCAAGAAAUUGUUUACUCAAGGAAUAAAGACAUAACUUUCCGAAUGCACCCCCAGUGAAUGUCCCCUCUCACUCGUCCUAGACCAGGAUAGAGGGGACAGGUAAGAUCUGUCCUUUGGGGUCCAGUCUAAUCGUUAGCACAGUGCAUCAGACCCUGUGGGUGGAACCGUUGGUGCUCCAAUGAACUCAGCAGGACACCAGACAUGGCGCCCCCUAGUGUCAGAUGGGCUGGCGAGAAAGAGGGGAAGGGAGGUUAUGGAUUCAGAGGUUAUGGAUGGCUAUGAUGUCUGGGGACUGAAAAAAAGGACAAAAUUCCAUAAAGCCAAAUAAAUGAAAAUAGCUGUAUAUGAACCAUAGAUUUUUUUUAUAGUUCAUUACCAUUACAAUAUCCUAGGCUUGUCAUGAGGGGGAAUAAAAUAAUAAAAACAAAUGUAAAAUACUUGAAUAAGAUCUUGUAUUAUAGCAUUUAAUAUCCAUAAUAUCUGCUUUGUAGGCUGUGAUUUGCUAUUGGUGUUAUUUGUAGUAAUUGUGCUGUUCCUUAUAUAUAUAUAAAAAAAUUAAAAAUACAUUAAAUGGACAAAAAAAAUAAAUAAACACCAACUCUGUCA